AUGGAUUCCUCUGUUUCUCAACCGUCUGUCGCCGACAGUGGCGACGCGCCUGUUGCGCGUACCAAAGCACGGACUGAUAGCAUUUCGCAAAGAUCGGAUGAUUCGCAAACUGCUGCUGACUUUAUUCGAGAUCAGAUGCAGCUCGAGGCUGAUGCCCGCGAAGCUUUGCCCUACAGCGUCUUUGCCUGCCUAACCUGCAAUCCUCCGCCCGCCAACCCCUCCGAUGCCUACAAUGCUGCCGGUGUCUGCUACGCCUGCUCGGUCCAGUGCCACGGCGAGCACACCCUCGUCGAGAUCUUCACCAAGCGGAACUUCACAUGCGACUGCGGCACUACGCGAUUCCCCGAGUCCAGCCCGUGCAACUUGCGCAUCAACCCGGAGACGAACACCAAGGGAGGCGUCCAUUCGGAAGAGCCCAACCCGAACAACAAGUACAACCAGAACUUCCGAAACCGCUUCUGCGGCUGCGAGUGCGAUUAUGACCCGUUCGAGCAAAAGGGUACCAUGUUUCAAUGUCUCGGGUUAGGCACACACGAAACGGGUGGCUGUGGCGAGGAUUGGUGGCAUCCUGGGUGUGUGGUCGGGCUGGGCCCGAACUGGUUUGAGGGUCUGGAGGCGAAUAAAGUGAAGACGGAGACCAAGGAUACGAACGGCAACCUUCCGACUAUUAGCGAGGAUGCGGAGGCGACGGAGAAGGAUGGCAAGGCAGCGGGUGAAGGAGGAGACGAGGACGACAAUGACCCCCCGCCUCCCCCAGGUUUUCCGGCCGAGGACGAGUUCGAGAGUUUUCUCUGCUACAAGUGUGUCGAGGCCCAUCCCUGGAUCAAGAGAUAUGCUGGCACCCCCGGCUUUUUGCCGCCCGUUUUCUCCAAGCAAAGCGCUACGUCACACGAGUCUACUUCGGCAGCGCCCCCUGUUACCACCAGCAACGGAGAGUCGAAUAGCGGUUCCAGGAAGCGCAAAGCCGACGACGAAACCGAUUCCCAGACCUCCAAGCGGCCCAGGAGCGAAGUCGACACUAGCGAACUAGCAGAGCCAUCAUCCACAACAACAGCAACAACACUCACCAACCCGCCACCCUCAACGACCUGCAAACUCACCACCCUCCCGCCACUUCCCGAAUCAACUACCCCCUUCUCCCUUUUCCUCACCUCCACCUUCCGCACCCACCUCUGCCACUGCCCUGCCUGCUUCCCGCUCCUGGCCCCGCACCCCCAACUCCUCGAAGAAGAAGAAACCUACGAACCCCCCACCUCAGAAGACGGCGACGGCGGCAGCGCCAACAACAACAGCGAGGGCAGCCUGUACGACCGCGGCGAGUCGGCGCUGCGCAACGUCGACCGCGUGCGCGCCAUCGAGGGCGUCAUGGCCUACCAGCACCUCAAGGACAAGCUGAUGCCCUUUUUCCAGCAGUUUGCCGAGAGCAAGCAGGUCAUUAGCGCCGAGGACGUCAAGGGCUAUUUUGCCAAGCUGCGUGGUGAUGAGGAGGCGAUUCGGGAGGCGGGGGCGAGGGCUGAGAGGGAGGGGGCCGGUGGCGGCGGGGGUGGUGGUCGUGGGGAUGAGAGGCGGGAGGAGAGCGGUUAUUGA